AUGGCCCACCCUGCCACGGAGCCCUUGCGGGCCAGCCCCGCAGCAGGCAGGACGGACAGCGGAGGGACCCCGAGUCUCAAGAUCAGCGAGGCGGAUGCCAACUGGGAACUGAUCCGGGACAAGGUCGUUGAGGAGCGCUUCGGGCCCACCGUGGUGCCGGUGCCCUUCCUGGAAGACGCCUCCUCCUACGACCUCCUGACGGUGCUGAUCAAGAAGGCCCAGCUGGGGCAGGGCCUCCUGCGCAGGCAGAGCUGUCUGGUGCCUAUUGGGCCCCUGGAAAGCCUGCUGCCUGGGGGGCCCGCCCCCAGGGAGCUGACCCACUGCACCCGCGAGUACAGCGCUCGGGUGAGGGGCGAGUCCCGCUACGAGGAGACGCGGCUGGUGGACGGGGCCCUGCGCCAUAUCCGCCUCUGCAUGGCCGGAGUCCAUAAGAAGGUGGUGUUCUUGGCCCUGCGUCCCGGGACGGUGGCCCUGCGCCCCGACCUGCCCUGGCUGCGCUCCCAGAGGAGCCUCUACGUGGUGCACGAGGUCUUCUACGCCGGCAGCCUCUCGCUGUCCGUCACCCAGGAGGCUGAGCAUCACCACUUUGUCCAGGAGCAGCCCCUCCCCGUGGCCUUCUCCUGCCUCAAGUUCGCCCUCAGCCACAAAGGCGUGCUGGGCUCCCAGAAGCACAUGGGCCACAGCCUUCCCGCCAGGGCUGCCUGGGUGAGGAUGGCCAUGCUGGAAGCUUCUCCCCCAGCCAGGGCUCUGGAGGCCCCUCUGCCCAGAGAGAGCACGGCCCUGCGCAAGCGGUGGAGGGCCCUGGGCAGGCCCCUGCGGACGGUGGCAGGGAAAUGGCCCUUCAAGCAGCGGCGGCCCAAGCUGGGCUUCUCCUGCGGCAGCCUGGCUGACCCCGAGAGGCACUGCAUGUCCCUGCCCCUCCUGCAGAGCAUCGCGGCCGCCGAGAGCGACACGGAGGAGUGA